UGUCCCGUUUUCUUUGGCCAUGUGACGUUUGUUGAUAUCCGCGUUCGUAUGUCCCCUGGAGGAGACACUCGCACUAUUUAGGGUGAUCUUAGGGCUCCACGGAAGUCUUAUGUCGAAGUACAAGAUAUUCUCCCCGACAAGGGCGACAGGUUUUCUAUGAAUGUCGGAAGGAACAGUGUCGUGCCGUCUGCCGUUUGCCAGCUGCCUGGGGCCCAGUGCCGAAGACCUAGACGAUAUUGGAUACACAAAUAUGGCUCGCCAACCUGUUAUCCUCAAUGUCUAUGAUAUGUAUUGGAUAAAUGAGUAUACUUCUUCCAUUGGUCUUGGGGUAUUCCAUUCGGGUGUGGAAAUAUAUGGAACAGAAUAUGCAUACGGCGGACAUCCAUUUCCGUUUUCAGGUGUGUUUGAGAUCACACCACGGGAUGCAGAAGAUCUUGGUGACCAGUUCAAAUUCAAACAAAGUAUUCAUUUAGGCUAUACAGACUUUACGGAAGAUGAUACAAAACGAAUUGUAGCAGAACUUGGGAAAGAUUUCAGAGGUGACCGGUACCACCUGAUGAACAAGAAUUGCAAUCACUUCUCCUCAGCUUUAACACAGAUUCUGGUUGGACGAGAAAUUCCAACCUGGGUAAACCGGCUGGCAUAUGUCUCUUCGUGUGUUCCAUUCCUUCAGCGAUGCUUACCAAAGGAGUGGCUCACACCAGUGGCACUACAGCAAACCAUUGAGAGGCCUUCACAGGACUCUCCUAUAUCCCCACACCCUCCCUCGUCCAAUUCCCCGAGCUCUGCCACUCGAGACAGGGCCCCACAUUUAGCAGCCACCCCAAGGAAUACUCGCUCUACGGCACACUCUCGUAACUCUUUGUAACCUGAGCGUAUGUGUUAUGUUUUUUCAGAGACUGUUUAUCCCUUUGCCAGAUGUAGUCUAAAUAGACAAGAUAUAUAUGUGAGAGUAAUUUGACAAAAUGCAUGAAGUGAGUGAGUGUUUACUGAGUGUUUUUAUAAGAUUAUGUUAGAUAUCUGUGUUUUCAGGCGACAUAUAGUUUUGAUAAGAAUGUCGUUAUAUUCAAAGUUCUAGCACUUGACUGGCGACAGUGAUUGUACUGACAGCUUGUCAUUUGUUAAUGCAGUAAUGGCUGGAAGCCUCCACAUAACUUUAAGGAUAUUAUGUGACUGUGUAGAGAUUUGUGCUCUUCUAAUGAUGUGUACAGAAAAUUUAGUGCCAUAAAUAAGCAGUUUAGGGUAAGAGUUGGGCUAAUUCUAGAUAUUGAUUAAAUAAAGUGAAAUUAGUGGAAUCAUAAUUGGCAUUAACUUCUCAGGGUUUGGCUUCAACAUUUUAAAAAAUUGUUUUUGAAAAUCACAUGAAAAGUUGAGAUUUCAGCCUUUAAGGAACUGCAGCACUCUCAUUCUUGCAAGGGAUAUUGUUAGUCCACAUGUUGCAAUCUUUUAAUUCAACUAAAAGUAUUGAAAUGGUAAUAUCUAUGCAAUGGAAUUGAUAUCAUUCCUGCAAUAGUUUGUAUCCACUCAUUGUAUUAAUUGGAUCACACAUUUAACAGAUGGGGAUUGCAAGUACAUUUGGGGUCUCCAAAAAUCUAUUUUGAUACUCACAAGUGUGUCCCACCAGUGUGAAUAACUGCUAUAAGCGAUUGAAUUCAGAAGAGUCCUUUUGGAAUUCUUCCUUGGAUGUAAGUUUAACAGUGAAAUCCCCCACAUUAUCAUUGUGUCAUGGUAAUACCAAUUCCUCAUGGGCUUUGAGAGGUUCAAAUACAUACAAAUUCUGCUUGAUAUUUUUAAAGAAAUAUUGGGCAGGAGGUGAACUUAACAUUGAGGCUAAACUCUUUUCAGUUGUGUACUUAUUAUUGAGAAAGAUAGUAUGACUGGUUUAACACAUGAUCAUAAAUUGUGUGAUUUUUUUUUGUCUUUAUUAUUAUUAAAAGGGGAGAGAACAAACUAGUUACACUGUAAUAUGUACAUACAGAUGAAAUAAAGCAUUGCCACAAUAGAAAUGGAAUGGAAAUGUUUUUUACUACUGGGAAAUAAUGAGGAAUGUGUGACAAGUUCAAAAUGUCAUAUUUACAUUCUGUUUCUGUUGUGGAAGUGUUUCAUUUUAUAUGCAGAUAGAAUUAUAAACAGCGUGAAUAUACACACUGCAGACUAGUUUUUUUUUUUUUUUUUUUUUUUUUUUUUUUUUUACUUCUUAAACAUGUAGUGCAUUGAAAUAAGAGAACAUGUUUACCUGUGUUACCUGAAAUAUUUUAGAAAUAUAUAGUUAUUUUUUUAUGGCAGGUGAUAUAAUUGGAUUGAAAUUUUUCAUGAACUAUCAUAAAAUUAGCCUAAGUCAGUUGUUCCUAGUUCUCAGUAAGCUUAGAAGAAGACGUAGACUUUAUUUGAACUAAUAUUGUAAUUAAGUUUUAUUUUUAUUUGUAUGAUGUAAACCUUUUUUUUUCUUUUGUUACUUUUACGUAGCACUGCUCUUGGGUACAUUUCAACACCCAAUGGGGAUUUUUUUUUUUUUUGUGUGUGUGUGUGUGUGUGUGAGAGAGAGAGUGAAAUUGAGAAGAGUGAGAUUGAGAUUGAGAUUGAGAUUGAGAUUUAGAUUGAGAGAGAUUGAGAGAUUGAG